GUCAGUUUAGUUGUUCUGACCUUUCCUGCUUUCCCGUCUUAAAGUUUUACUGCUACAUCGUUUGAUCGUUUUUUAUUGUGACGCGGUUUCUUUUUGUUUAUACUUCUUUAAGCAGGUCAGAAUGAUGAGCAGCGAGGCGGACGUUGCUAGUGUCUCAGAACACACGGAAGAAGUCACGGCGGACGUCGACCCUUGUAAACUGGUGGUAAACUACCUUCCCAGUGGUGUCAAGGAGAAUUUUCUCAGGAUGAUCUUUGGAACCGAGAAGAUCCUCGAGGGCCAUGCACGGCUGGAGGAGUGUAAGGUGGUGCGACGCAAGACGCCCGGCGGUUCGGUUAGCCGUGGUUAUGCGUUCCUCAAGUACAGUCACGAAGAUGCAGCAAAACGCGCGGUGAAACUGCUCAACGGGUUCAUUCUGUUGAACAGCGGGUCGCCACAGGAUGUUGACGCAGCGGGCGAGCGCAAAGUCAAGCGUUUGAAGGUGUCAUACUGUCGGCCGGCGGACGAAGAGUACAAGAACACGAAUCUCUUCAUCACGGGCAUCCCGUGUAAAUGGCAGUUGGAGGAUCUCAAGGAGCACUUCGGCCGCUGGGGCGGCAAGAUCAUCACGUGCAAAAUGGCUCCCCGUAACUGUCGCUGCAAUAACGCCACGGACGGUGACGACCAGUCGAAUGUUCCCUCAGUUCCCUGCGAUAAGACCGACUGGGCGUUUGUCCGUUUCACCUGCCAUAAGGACGCCGAUACGGCCCAGCGACAGUGGCACAUGCGGCCGCCGCUGCCCGGAUGGGAGCGUGUGCUGAAAGUGAAGAUCCUCGACGACGACAAGGCUGGGCUCCGCUACCUGGGCCUGCGCUAA